CAUCGCGUAAACUCGUGCGGUGCAUUCUGGGCGUGCGACAAGAUGGCGGCGCCCUUGCGCGAGUGCUGAGCAACAUUUCGUGUCGGCGAAGGAAAAAAAGAAUAAAGACGCAAAAGUAUAAAAUUUGGUUUAGUUGCACUUUAACAUCCGCUGCAGCGGAAGCAGGAAACGACGCUGAGGCGGGACGUUGAGACAGUUAGAGGCAGUUAGAGGCAGAAUGAAGAUGACGAUGAUGAUGAUGAAGAUGGCUGUAGUGUUCCUGCGUCUGAUACUUUACCCCUAAUCAUCCUCACGGUUACUAAUAAAGUGUGUGUGUGUGUGUGUGUGUGUGUGUGCGUGCGCGCGCGUGUGUGUGCGCAGCAGACAUCUAAACAUCAGGAGACUAUCAUUGGAUUUUUCUCGCGGCUCGUGCUUGAGAUUUUGGACGCUGGCGUGACGUUUAUAAGGAGCCUGAUGAAAAUGGACGUGGAGCUGCUUCACUUGCCCGCUGUGGCUCUCUCUGAGGAAGACGAGGCUGACACGAGCGACUGGAACCUUCCUCUCGCCUUCAUGAAGAAACGUCACCUGGAGAAAAUCGAGGGCUCUAAAGCACUUGCUCAGAGCUGGAGGAUGAAGGACAGGAUGAAGACAGUGAGUGUUGCACUUGUUCUCUGCCUGAACGUUGGAGUCGACCCUCCUGAUGUGGUGAAGACGUCACCCUGCGCCCGACUGGAGUGCUGGAUAGAUCCUCUCUCGAUGAGUCCACAGAAAGCUCUGGAGACGAUCGGGGCCAACCUGCAGAAACAGUAUGAGAACUGGCAACCCAGGGCGCGCUAUAAGCAGAGUUUAGACCCAACAGUGGACGAGGUGAAGAAGCUGUGUACGUCUCUGAGGAGGAACGCUAAAGAGGAGCGCGUCCUGUUUCACUACAACGGACACGGCGUCCCCCGUCCCACCGUCAACGGAGAGAUCUGGGUCUUUAACAAGAACUACACUCAGUACAUCCCUUUGUCCAUAUACGACCUGCAGACAUGGAUGGGGAGUCCCUCCAUCUUUGUGUAUGACUGCUCCAACGCUGGCAUCAUUGUUAAGUCCUUCAAACAGUUCGCACUGCAGAGGGAGCAGGAGCUGGAGCAGGUGGCGGCGAUAAACCCGAACCACCCUCUGGCUCAGAUGCCCCUCCCUCCCUCCAUGAAGAACUGCAUCCAGCUCGCAGCGUGUGAAGCUAACGAGCUCCUGCCCAUGAACCCUGACCUCCCUGCAGACCUGUUCACCUCCUGCCUGACCACGCCCAUCAAAAUCGCCCUGCGCUGGUUUUGUAUGCAGAAAAGUGCCAAGCUGGUGCCUGGAGUCACACUGGACCUGAUUGAGAAGAUCCCCGGGCGUCUGAAUGACAGGAGGACUCCAUUAGGAGAGCUCAACUGGAUCUUCACUGCCAUCACAGACACCAUUGCAUGGAAUGUACUACCUAGAGAUCUGUUUCAGAAACUCUUUCGCCAGGAUCUGUUGGUCGCCAGUCUGUUCCGUAACUUCCUAUUGGCUGAGAGGAUCAUGAGGUCAUACAACUGCACUCCGGUCAGCAGCCCCAGGUUACCGCCCACCUACAUGCAUGCCAUGUGGCAGGCGUGGGAUUUGGCCGUGGAUAUUUGUCUCUCUCAGCUUCCCACCAUCAUUGAGGAGGGCACAGCGUUCAGGCACAGUCCGUUUUUUGCCGAGCAGCUCACGGCGUUUCAGGUGUGGCUCACUAUGGGUGUGGAGAACAGAAACCCACCUGAGCAGCUCCCUAUCGUCCUACAGGUCCUCCUCAGUCAGGUACACAGGCUGCGAGCACUGGACCUGUUGGGUCGUUUCCUGGACCUUGGACCAUGGGCUGUGAGCCUGGCUCUGUCUGUAGGGAUUUUUCCGUAUGUGUUGAAGUUGUUACAGAGUUCAGCUCGAGAGCUUCGUCCUCUUCUUGUCUUUAUCUGGGCCAAAAUCCUCGCCGUGGACAGUUCCUGUCAGGCUGAUCUGGUGAAGGAUAACGGUCAUAAGUACUUUCUCUCAGUUCUAGCUGAUCCAUACAUGCCGGCCGAGCAUCGCACCAUGGCCGUGUUCAUCCUGGCAGUUAUAGUCAACAACUACAACACGGGACAGGAGGCGUGUCUGCAGGGGAACCUGAUUGCGAUCUGUCUGGAGCAGCUGAGUGACCCUCACCCUCUCCUGCGUCAGUGGGUGGCCAUCUGCCUUGGCCGCAUCUGGCACAACUUCGACUCGGCUCGGUGGUGCGGCGUUCGAGACAGUGCUCACGAGAAGCUCUACAGCCUCCUGUCAGACCCCAUACCUGAGGUACGAUGUGCCGCUGUGUUCGCUUUGGGGACCUUUGUGGGAAAUUCAGCAGAGAGGACGGAUCAUUCCACCACCAUCGACCACAAUGUGGCUAUGAUGUUAGCGCAGCUCAUCAACGACGGCAGCCCCGUAGUCAGGAAGGAGCUGGUGGUGGCUCUGAGUCACCUGGUGGUUCAGUACGAGAGCAACUUCUGCACUGUUGCCCUGCAGUUUAUGGAGGAGGAGAAGAACUAUGCAGCACCGUCACCUGCUACCACUACAGAGGCGGGAAACGUGACUCCAGUGCGAGAGCGAGACAGUCCGGCGGUGCCUCGUCUCCGCCCCGUUAACUCCUACACCAACAUCCGAGCAGCCAGCAGCACCCGCAACCUCAACAAGAGCCUUCAGAACCUCAACCUCAAUGAGGAAGGUGGCCCCGUGACCUUCUCCCCUGGUAACCUGAGUGCCAGCAGCAGUGCCAGCAGCACCCUGGGCAGCCCCGAUAACGACGAGUUCCUCCUGUCCUUUGAGACCAUUGAUAAGAUGCGGCGCGUCAGCUCGUACUCAUCCCUCAACUCCCUCAUCGGUGUGUCCUUUAACAGUGUGUACACACAGAUCUGGCGUGUGUUAUUACACCUGGCCGCUGAUCCGUUCCCUGAGGUGUCUGAUUUGGCCAUGAAGGUGCUGAACAGCAUUGCGUAUAAGGCUACUAUGAACACUCGACCACAGAAGAUUCUCGACUCAGGUUCUCUCACCCAAUCAGCACCUGCCAGUCCAACCAGCAAGGGAACACUCAUUCACCAAGCAGGAGGGUCUCCGCCUAUCCCAGGUGUGUCCAGUUCCAGCCUCACCAACGACGUGCCAAAGCCACCACAAGCCCCACCCACACGCCCUCCGUACACGCCCACUCUCGGCUCUCAGGCUCCGCCCCAUUCACACCAAUUCCCACGAUCACGCAAAAUGUUUGACAAGGGACCUGACCAGAUGGCAGAGGAUGGAGAUGAGACUCCCGCUCACAGGAACUUCAUCAGUGUGACGCUGCAGACCGGAUUGUGUGACUGGAGCGCCAAGUACUUCGCACAACCUGUCAUGAAGAUCCCAGAGGAGCACGAUGUGGAGAGUCAGGUGAGGAAGGAGAGAGAGUGGAGGUUCCUGAGGAACGCUGGAGUGAGACGGCAAAGCCAACGUAUCACACAGAAAGGAAUCACUCGAUUGGACGAUCAGAUCUUCAUUAAUAGGAACCCUGGAGUUCCCUCAGUGGUGAAGUUUCACCCAUUUAACCCCUGCAUCGCCGUCGCGGAUAAAGACUCCAUAUGUUUUUGGGACUGGGAGAAAGGCGAGAGAUUGGAUUAUUUCUAUAACGGGAAUCCCCGCUACACUCGCAUCACAGCCAUGGAGUACCUGAACGGACACGACUGCUCCCUCCUCCUCACCGCCACCGAUGACGGCGCUUUACGAAUCUGGAAGAACUUUGCGGACCAACGGAACCCUGAGAUGGUGACGGCGUGGCAGGGUCUGUCAGACAUGCUGCCCACCACAAGAGGUUUAGCUCGGCGGGUUUCAAUCUAUCUUGACAGAGGUAAACAGGGAGGUGCAGGAAUGGUGAUGGACUGGGAACAAGAGAACGGGCUUCUCAUGACCUCUGGGGAUGUUCGUGUCAUCAGGAUCUGGGACACAGAGAGAGAGAUGAAGGUCCAGGACAUCCCAACAGGAGCAGAUAGCUGCGUGACUAGUGUGUCAUGUGACCCACAGCGCUCCCUAGUGGUGGCCGGCCUUGGAGACGGAUCUGUGCGUGUAUAUGACCGCAGGAUGGCUCCGAAUGAGUGUCGUGUGAUGACAUAUCGGGAGCACGGUGCAUGGGUGGUGAAGGCUAACCUGCAGAGAGAGACAGACGGACACAUCAUCAGUGUUAGUGUAAAUGGAGACGUGCGUUUCUUUGACCCCCGGAUGCCCGACUCCACCAAGGUGUUGCAGACUGUGAAGGGACUGACGGCGCUCGACAUCCACCCAAAAGCCAACCUGUUUGCCUGUGGUUCUAUGAAUCAGUUCAUCGCAGUCUAUAACUCCAGCGGUGACGUCAUCAGUAAUAUUAAAUACUAUGAUGGCUUCAUGGGGCAGAGGAUCGGUGCAAUCAGCUGCUUAGCUUUCCACCCGUAUUGGCCGCACUUGGCCGUGGGCAGCAAUGACUACUACAUGUCCAUCUACUCAUCGGACAAGAGACUGAGAUAACACCAUGACCUCUGACCUUUUGACCUUACAUGCCCCACGUGGGCAGGAUGUAAAUGACUUCUUGUAUAUAUGCAACUUCCACCGUGAAUGUUUAGUGAAGGCUGCUGAACUCUCACAGUCACUAUUGGAGUAAGAAACAGUAAUAAUAGAGUCAUUAUUAUUAUUAUUAUUAUUAUUAUUAUUAUUAUUAUUUGGAGUACUUGACUGUAGACCUGGCUGUGCUGAGCAGUGUGUAUAUUUAAACUGCACUUAUCAAGAACAGAUCCAUAUAUUUUACAGAUCAGUGAAGGAGGAAGUGAAGUCACCUCUCUUUGUAGUCUAAAAAGGGGGCGGGGCCUGGGAAAGGGACAGGAAGGGCCCGGGGUUCUCUUUACUGCAUUAUGUUGAGAUACAAGUGUUUAAGUGGGUGGAGUCUCGCUGUUAAUAUAUUAUUCUGAAAAGUGGGCGGGGUCUUAUAACGAAUGUAUCAUGUGACAGUGGGUGUAGAAGUGGGCGGAGUCUUAUGACAAAUGCAUUAUGUGCUUCUAUGAAUUGAGAGAGAGGGCGGAGUCUGAGAGACGAGUCUCAGGUCAUCAGUUGUAAAAAGGGGGUGGGCUCUAGGAGUGGGUGGAGUCUGAACAAAUGCAUUAUGAGAGACCAGGGGCAUUAAAAUGAGUCGGGGUUUACGUAAUACCGUGAGAAAUGGGCGGAGUCUGGAAGAGCUCUGAAGGUUGGUGGAGUCACUUUUAAUGCAGUGUGAGUCUGAGUGUCUAUAGAGGGGGUGAGUCUGAAGGACGGAGUCUGAGAUCAGUAGCCUGGAGGUGUGUGUGGUCAUUGCUGUUAAUGCAUUAUGAUCUUUCUAGGAAAAAAAAAGGGGUGGAGUCUUGGAGAUUCUCAAUGGAGGUGUCACUUUUAAUGCAUUAAAAGGGGCGGAGCUUUGGAGUCAAGCGUUAGUAUUAAUGCAUUAUGUUGGUGGGGUCUCAGAGUGGGCGGUACCUGAGGUUGUGAAGGUUUAUGGGGUGACGCCAAGCAGACAGCUGCCUACCACACACACACACACACACACACACACACACACACCCACACACACGCAAGCCAAACUCAUCAUUUAUACAUGUGCCGAUGUCACAAUUAUCAUAAGUAUUUAAUCACGUUCAUUAUGUAGAGCAAAUCAAGGUGUACAAACACGUCUGCUGUCAUCUAGAGGACAGUUUACUGUAUCGUAGAUGUUUAAUAUCACGGUUUAUCAUAGAGAUGAUUGAUUACUAAGUACAAAACUAACGCAUCAUUCCCUCAGAUCCAUCACCGAUCUGCAUGUUUUCUCACGCAGUUGCCUCGUGACUUCUUCAUCUCCAUCUCUAAAACGCAUGCAUGUGCCAAAAGAACUUCAUCUGCAUAGAAUUUUUUUUAUUUAUAAGUUUCUUCUCAGAGAAAAAUCCACUUCACACGCAUAAUCUGUCAUGUGACACGUUACACUGUGGAAAAAUACUCCUUCCUGAUUGGCUGGUGGAUACGCAUCAUUAUUCUCCAUACGUUUUUAUGCAGGAGCUCCAGAUUUUAACAUCAACAUACGCUGCUACACGUUAUUAAUCAGAACAACACGAAAAAAACGGAAGCCCCGCCCCCUUUCCCCGGAUCCCUCGUCUCGUCUCGUCUCGUCUCGUCUCGUCUCGUCUGGAGUUUCCUAGUUAAAAACUGUCGUUUGUUACACCAUCUCGGGGAACCUCGUUAGGCAGAAACGGUCACUUUGGAAACGUCGAUAGAGUAUAGAAAUGUGAACCGUGAUAAAAAGUUGGACAGUUACCGUGACAACAUAGCUGAUUUGGGGGCGGGGUUUACGUUAGCUCAGUUGAUGACAUCACAAGUGAUGUUCCAGUUUAAGUGAUGACCCAGAACUAACAUGUUAAUCUAAAUAGCAAUAAUAAAAGUUGGACAGUUACCGUGACAACAUCAGCACAUGCUGCUCAUCAUCCUACACACACACACACACACACACACACACAUAUAUAUAUAUAUAUAUAUAUAUAUAUUUAUAUGUUACUUUUUCACUGUGAUCCUGUGUUCUGUUUCUUCUCACCAAGACUUGUGAACACUGUUGAGUUGAACGGUAUCUGGGUGGUGGAACCCGUGAAGGUUCUGUGAGGAACCCAGAACCCUGGUGUUACCUGUAAUACAGGGUUGUGUACUUUUUCUUCAAAAGUCUAUGUAACAUUUUGUUUUUGCCGCUUACUUUAUAUAUCCAAGGCUUUCUGAUUGUUUUUCCCCACGUUUCAGUAUCGUCUUUAACACGUCCCCUCACUUCCUGUAACGAGGACCAUUCAUUACACUGAUGCUCCUUUAAGAUGGUGAAAAGGUUUCAGUCAGUUGGUGUCUUUUGUAUGUUGAUUGUUUUUCUUCAUCUGCCUCAGUCUUCUUGAUGAUGUUUCAGCCGAGAGUGUCUACACACAUACACACACACACACACACACACACACACACACUUCUUACAUCUUAGCCUUCAGACAUGAAUAAAAUCGCGGCAUCCCUGGCCCAUCAGACUCUGACAGGACUCCGCCCCUGACCUUCAUGCUCACUGCAGCGCCCUCUGGAGGGGAAAAGGACUCCCUGACGCACACCACAUAAAUCUCUCGCUAUGGGUUUUAAUGUUUUAGAUUUAAAAUGUAAAAAAAGAGACGCUAGUAGAAAGAACUGAUGCAAUCAGGUGUUCUGUCUGUGACUGUAGACUGCUUUUGCUGGCUGUGGUUUUUAUGACAGGAGAAGAAAUCGUUCCAAUAAAACCAAAUAUAUGAAUGAA